UCUGAUAGCGCCGCCGCGCUACGUCAUGACCACCACCACACUGGAGCGCACAGAGGGUCUCUCUGUCCUCAACCAGGCCAUGGCUGCCAUCAAAGAGAAGAUUGAGGAGAAGCGAGGAGUGUUUAACAUCCAGAUGGAGGCGAAGGUUGUGACCGACAUAGAUGAGACAGAGCUGGCCCGCCAGCUGGAGCAACUGGAGAGAGAGAACGCUGAGGUGGACGGAGAUGACGAGGAUGGAGAGAUGGAGGCCAAGGCAGAGGACUAAACUAGAUGAAGAACUGAGGGAUUGGAUACGACGACGAGACCAAUUAUACAUAUGCAGUCCAGAGCAUGUAUUCAUAAAGCAUCUCAGAGUAGGAGUGCUGGUCUAGGAUCAGCCCACCCCCCCAUAUGUAAUCUUAUGCAUAAUGAUCUAAAAGGCUAAACUUAUCCUAGAUCAGAACUCCUAUUUUGAGAUAUUUCAUGAAUACAGGCCUUGUCUGAUGAGAUGACGAACUUCAUAUCAAAUCAAGCAUUCUAGAACGUCUCUCCAACUGAACCCUUUGGAUCAGUAGCAGGGACCCUCUCAGGGAGACUGAUAGAGAGAUGGCUACAGGCACUGACUGUCAUACUGCCAAACAGGGCUGGGAAAGGCCUCUGUGAUUAUACCAAUGGACACAAUAACAACUGAAUAUGAUCACUGAACCCUAGCUGUUUGAAUUGCAUAAGAACGGGUGGGUUGGGGUAGGAUUAGCCUUUUUGUGCUGUAGCCAACUCCUCUCUGUGUGGAAGAGUUGGCUACAGCACAUAUAAUACAAAAUGGGACAAGGCUUGGGUUGGUGGGGUGGUAGCCUGGUCCCGUGCUGAAUGUUCUUUAACCAACUCUUUGUGACACAUGCAGUAUAGGACCAGGCUAGAGUGAGUAGGGGUUUAGAUAGAUUCUGAGAAUAUAAUAAGACAAGUGUUUUAUAUAUAGCAAGGACAUAUUUUAGGAAUGAGUACUUUUGAAAGUGGUUUUGACUAUCUCCCCAACUCCAUGAAAGGACAAUAGCGUUCUUGUUGUUUUCCUGCUCAAUAUGGUUCAAGUGAAAUGUCGGGCGGAAGAGAAUAAUGCUCACCUAACCAACUCACACAGAUCUUUAUAACUUAGGGUGCAUUCUGGAUAUAUUUCUAUUUUGUCAGGACUACAUUCUUAACAUUACAUUAAACAAAUAGAAAAGUAAAUAUGUGUUAUCAGGUUAGAAGUGAUUGAAAGUGAAACAUGCACUUAAAUUAAAUGUGGGAUGCAGUUAUAGCAGAAGCUGUUGGAGAAAGGUCCAUGUGGGUACUCUAGCCUUUAUCAAAGAUUUUAAAUAAGAUGUUUAAUUGUUGUCACGUGCACAGGAUAUGUACAGUGAAAUGUGGUGCUUUAUAGGGUCUGCCAUGGCAGUACAGCACACCUGGAGCAAAUUAAGGUUAAGUGCCUUGCUCAAGGGCAAAUCAACCUUGUCGGCUGGGUUACUAGUCCAACACUAACAGCUAGGUGACCUUCUUCCACCCAUUCACAAAAUAAGCAAAUUAACCAUAUU